AUGAGUGCGCUUGUGGAGACAUGCAUGGAGAGGCGACCAGUCAAGAAGCCACGUGCCUGCUCUCACUGCCAUCUCCGAAAGGUCCGCUGCGAUGCCUGGCAGGUCGGCCUACCUUGCACCCGUUGCCGGCGGCGCCAGCAGGACUCGACCUGUGUGCUUGUAGCAGCGCCUUCGCAAUCAGAGAGAACAAGAAGCUCACAGGAAAUCCUUCCUCAACCUAACCAAGCCGACUCUGAUGAUUGUGACUCUGAUCUCGGACUACUGCAAGGCGUAUUGGGCGAAGGAGCUCCCCCGAUAACACUUAAUCCAAAUCACGGCCCCCCACAGGUGCAAGCAUCGAGUACGCACCAGAUCGACCAGGGCAACUCAGAGGUUGCAGCCGUGCACCUGGCACUGAAUACGCCCCCAUCCGAUGUAAGCGUCCAAGAACAGGAUGUACAAUUACGAAUCGCCGAGGAAAUGUGCCGUGAGGACGCCACGGUCGUGUCUCCAAAUCAUUCUGGUAAUGCCGACGAAUGUUGCGAGGUAAUUGAAUACCACGAGGGUAUCACUCCAGUCACCAUCCUGGGCCAAGCCAUUGGGAAACGCCAGCCUAACCGUUUGACUCGCGUCAUGCUGAAACGUGCGCGGACAGAUAAGGGCCCGCAGAUGGGAAACAUGCAGGCAGCAUCGACUAAUAUGGAUUUCCUGGAGCAGAAGGGCGCCUUGAACAUUCCGCCGCGAAAUAUAUGCAACCAACUUCUGAAAAUCUACUUCACAUGUGUUUACCCAUAUGCACCCAUACUGGACCGUGCCCAGUUCAUGGAGGAGUAUUACGCUGGAAGGCAAUCUAUGUUUACUAUGCAGUCAAUCCUCGCCAAUGUGGCCGCCCACGCCCCAGAGGAGCUACUCCAACGAAUCGGAUUCAACGAUCGUGAGACUGCACAGAAGACAUUCUACUCUAGGGCCAUCCUAGUCUACGACCUCGGAGGUGAGGCAGGGCAAUUGAACCGCCUCCAGGGCUCCAUCAUGCUAAGCUCCCUAUCCUUCACCUACGCCAUGGACAAGGACUACCGGUACUGGUUCAGCAACGCCUGUCGAAUUGCCACGCAGCUAGGUCUUCACCGGCAGUACAUAUCUCAAAGGGUCGAUCCAAAGUCCAAGCGGCUGUUUCGACGAAUCUGGUGGGCGCUAUACAACAGAGACGUACUCAUGGCCGUUCUCGGCCUGACCAACCUCACCAACUUUGAUGAACGGUACUGCGACACGCAUCAACUCACAGAAGACGACUGGGACGACACUCAAAUUCCUGACCGGUUUGCAUCCGUGAUUCCCCCCACUACACGCAAACGAUUUCUACAAUACUUCAAGACUCCAGGCAGAGUGCCUUCUGCUUCCAAGAUACAAGGCCUUGAGGACGAUAUUCUGGGCUGGAAGAACAAACUUGACCCAGGCAUUUCGCUCCUAUCGUUUCAGGAGUGGUCUGUCGCCAACGUAUGGGUUCUGGUGCUGCUCGCUAUUAGCUUUCGACUGGAGGCAGUCUUUUACCGGACAUUGCGCGAUAUUCACAGACGUAACGGCGAUAGUGCUUCGAUGCAGCAAGUCGCUCAGCGGCAGGAGAACGCCAUGUUUGAGCUAUCGGCAAUCAUGCAGCGAGCCUCGAUUAACGAUGUGAUUGGCUUGUGUCCUCUGUCCUUCAUGACCUGCGCUUCCUCUAUACUCGCCAUGCGGAUAGAGAUUGCUCUGGAUCCAAGUACAGCUCCAAAGAAGAAAAGGGCCUUGACGACCCAACUAUCCACUGAGCUUCAGUAUCUGCGCGAGGGCUGCGAAUACUGGGGCAGCAUUACCUGGACUGUGCGCAUGUUCGAGGCCGCAAUGGUAAAAACGGGCCUCAGCAUUGAGCUGCAGCAGCCUGACGGUGGAAUGGGCGCUACGGGGGUUGAACGGGGGUUCCAACAGGCUGAAGCGAACCAGCGGCCUCGAGACCCAACAUUUUUGGCGGAAACAAGCAACAUGGACGCCUUUGGUGAUCCCGACAUGUUCUUCCGGCAUAUUCCAGACAUGGAUACCAUGAACAACCUCGCAGGGGUCUUCCCACUCGCUGAUGACUACGACUGGAUUGAGAGUUUUCUUCUAGCUCCUUCCUAG